CGCCAAAACGAAUACUUGUAUUUGAUGUUCUAUCAUAGCACAGAACGAUUACGGGUACUUAUUUCAUUGAAUGCCAAUUUUGGUGUGGUAUGGUACCCUACGAUACAGAUGAAACCAUACAGAGGUGGUUGCUGAGGCGCAAAACCAAGCUCCAAACAAAGCAAAACAGGACAUGAAUAAUCACGUCUCAAUUACUCCAAGUAGAAAUACAAUGAAUAGUCAUGAUGGAUGUUUGGCUGAAGAAAAACACGGAAUCACCACCCUUCCGACAUCGUCAUCACCGAAUAGGUUUCCAAGGAUAGGAGGUAACAAUUGCAAUGCAGUAUUCUUCGGUACAUUCGUUCCUUUGGUAUUUGGGGUGCUUGCGAAGUUGCUUAUUUUUCUUCGUUGGAAAGGCAAUUUGUUCUCACAAAGAUCACUGAUUAAUGAACCUCCAUCGGCUCCGUUGUUACCAUCGGGGCCUUCUACUGUCCCGGUUGUGUUUCUCCGCGAUGUGAAUAGUGGCAAGAAGCCGGUCGAGGAAAUCCUUCKAUCUGUAAUACAAACAUACGAAAAAGAAAUUUCCCAAGCGCUUUUGGGAUUGAGCACAAUGCUCGACGCAGCAUCUGAAGCAGAAGCUCUCGCUCGCAGUAGAAAACAAUGGAAUAGCAUCAAGUGCCAUGGCAAGCUGUUUUCGUCUAAGAUCGAGCAAAGGAUCCAACGCACUGCCUCGUGUCUUGAACAUGACGAGCAUAUAUUGAAGAAGCUUCUUGGAAACGUUUCAUAUAUUUCGGCAUUACCUGAUGGGGAAGUAUAUGGUGAUGAAAGUGACGAAAAUGACACAGAACCAAUCGAAGAAAAACCAUCACUUAGAACAGGAAACGGAACAAACUAUCGCAUUCCGCUAAGAAACAAGAAAGUGAUAGACGAAUCUGAAACUCAUUCUUAUGAUUCAGCUACUCAAAUUUGGGCACACCUUGUUCGAGAUUGGACCAGUGAAGGAAGAGCUAUUAGGCGUGUAAUUUAUGACUGGUGUUGUCAACAAAUGGAAAUUCACUGCCAGAAUUCUAGUGCUACUGUACUGGUGCCUGGGUCAGGAAUGGGUCGACUUGCCUACGAUUUGUAUCGGAGAGGAUUUAUUGUUGAAGCCAAUGAAUUGUCUCCAUCGAUGGCCGUUGCCGCCUCAUCUAUUUUGCGAAAUCAAGUUAGUGGAUUUUUUCACCCAUAUGUCCUAGACGGUAUGGCAAAUGAAGUGGACUCUAAACGACGCUUCGAUUCUAUUAGUUUCCCAGAUGUACCCAUCCAAACCAUUGUCUCUACUGGUGGUAACAGUGGAAUGCCAAAUGACUGCGAAGGAUGUGGGUCUUUGUCAUACACAGUUGGUGAUUUCGUUGGAAACGACGACUUCUAUUACCGUCGUCAACGAGUUGCCCAGUUUGAUGCCGUUGUAAGUUGAAUCAGUAGAGACUUGGGUUUGGCUCUAUGAUCAAUGAUUAGGUCUUCACUCUUACCAAAGUUGUUGGUUUCCAUUUUUGCAUGUUCAACAUUCAUGGUAUGAAUACAGGUUACUUGUUUCUUUAUCGACACCGGUAUGUUAUCCGUUUACGACUUGCAUAUGAAUUGCUCAUUAUCAGUAUUCAAACUCAAAUCUCUUAAUUUUUUCAUUACAUGCAGCAACCAAUAUCUACGAAUAUUUGGAAACAAUACGUAAAUUGCUCCGACCGAGGACUGGUGUUUGGAUUAACGUCGGCCCAGUGCAAUGGCAUCACAAUGCAGUCCUGCGUCCGUCUGUGGACGAGCUUAAAGACCUGAUCGAAGCUUUUGGGUGGAUAAUCCGAGUUUGGUCGGUGGAUAAGACUCCAAUCUCUUACCGAGACGAACAUGACCCAAAUGCUCAACCUCGAAUGACAAGCUACGACGGAUAUCGCCCGCUACGAUUUGUAGCGAUUCCAUCGUGAUGACGAGAAUGACUCUGGAUAGAUUCAAUGUUGUCUUUACUCUCGACCAUUCAAAUGAGUUUCAUUUUAUUUACAAAUGGUUGAAUCGCCACUCAUCUUCUUGGAUUGACCACUAGGAUACUCUUCGUCUCUUGCGGAUGUCCACUACAACUAGUCAAGGAUUCGUUGGUAUUGCGGCGAUAAAGAUCUUGACCAGACCGAACCAAAGAAUGCGCCAAUUGAAAAACAGGAAAUGCAAUGAAAAUUUGUAAUCGACCGUCGGAUCUUUGAUCUAAAUGCCGCGUAUCUGCAUUUACAAUCUUUGGUAGCAUGGUAUCACCGAAAGAAAUGUUACCCGUUAACUGACUGAUCAAGUCAAGGGAUUGGAACGGAACAUUGUAAGGGAGUAGGUACCCGGAGCUUAUCAGCAACAUCAUUUCAAGGUUUUUGGGGGUCUUGACGUAGUCAGCAACAGCUCCCCCGACCAUCCAUAGAUACCAAUUAGAAGCUUUCCGACCAAUUUAUUUCUUUUCAUACCUGCUCGGGCCCCUCGAGAUUGACCGCAAGAUCGUGAUCUCCAGCAUACAUUAAAACUCGGAUACCUGAAUCGUCUAAGAGUUCGGCGAUAUACAGAGUUACUGGUGCGGGCUGGUCAUGUGCCAAUAGAAUCUGCCCAGGCAUUAAUUUUCCUGUGUCUUUCAGUCCAAGCCUUCUUCCUGCACAGAGUUUCGUCUUCAAAAUGCAAUGUUUAAUUACCUCUCGGUUGUUGAAUACUAGUAGUUACAAAACUAUUGUGUUCUGUGGUUUCAACAGCGGAUAUGUAUCCCUUGAAGAAUAAAAUACAUUAGAGUUA